CCAACUCCAAUAAACAAACUUUAUCACCCUGACCAAUUUGCAGCAUUGCGAGAUACAAACCCGUAGGCUACUAUUAUUGGUCGAUGCUGGACCCGCGUUGUUUCUUUUGAGUGUAAAUCCGUGACUUUUACUGUCUAAUUUUUUUAAACACAAACAGAAGCCUUUUUUUUACUGGAGAUUGUGCAACUGUAGGGAGUAUGUUGAGUACCCAGAACAGCACUUUCACGUCCUUCAACACUGAGCCGGGCGGUGGUUAUUUGGUCCAUUUCACGGACAAGAGUUUCCACAGCGGAGAGCGAUUCAAGCUCUACAGUGGCAUCUUCCUGGGUCGGGGGGCACAAUGUCCUGGUCGCUGUGUGGUCAAAAUCAGCAAAGGGGCGGACUUAGCUUCAAAGGCUGACUGUCUGAUUGAAGACAAAAAAUCCAAGCAGGCCCGCGCCUUCUCGCUUGCCUUCCGUGAGUUGUCCGGGAGAACUGAGAUCAAGUUCGUUCAGCUGUACGCGGCAGAGAUCGACGAGAUCUCCUUGCAGAAACGGCUGUUUUGGAGUGGCAAACAUAAAAUCACCAGACAGAACUAUGUCCUUUUUGAGGAAGACUUGAGAGAAAAUUUUGACAACCUGCACUUCUCAGGGCGUGAAAAGCUUUCGAAGUAUCUGGACUCAAAAGGCAGAGAAAAAUUGGUCGCAGCAAAAGACCUCCAGGCUUUUACACACUUCUCGUACCAUGUCUCGCAUGGGAAGCUGGUGAUCUGUGACGUAGAAGGGGUUGAAACGAAAGAUGGGUUUCGUUUGAAGACUCCAACCAUACACUCCACGGCAAAGAAAUUUGGCAUCUCCGAUAAGGGUGAGAAGGGAAUUGAAGAAGUGUUUCGACACCACACAUGUAAUGAUAUCUGUCAGGGUAUGAUCAAACCUCAAAAUCAGGGAGGAGACAGACCACGUGAACUCACAUCCUAUUCUGAGGCUCAAAACUACAGAAGAGAAAAUGGACAAACUACACAACAGCGGGACUCUUUUGUCCGUGCAACCGCUCCAGAUCUAGAAGACAUUUCCGAAACGCGUCGAAAUGAAGAACAAUCUCCAGAGGAAAUGUCCGCAAGCCGUUACGAUUUUCAGCUUCAACAGCGGGGUUCCCGCUCACUGUGGCAGAAUCCACCCUCUUAUGAUGAGAUAGUGGCUCUCACAAGAAACAGCAGGCUGGCCCAGCACCGUGGAAACAUGGCACAAGAACCGCUCACCCCUCCCCCCGUGUACACUCCACCAUCAUAUCAUGUUUCGGUGGUCCAACCACCCUCCUAUUAUUCCUACUGCGGUCAUGAUACAGAGGAACCACCGCCAUCAUAUCGCUCCGUGGAAGACUCAACUCAAGGUCAUUCUGUUGUGUGAACAAAACCACACCCACACUGAAAAAAACAAGAGAAAUGAACAAGAGAAAAAGCAUAACAACGGAGCAGGGAAUAAACAAUAAAUAAAACACUCUUCCAAAUUAUCAA